GUACAUACUGCUGAGAUGAUAAAGCCAAAGCUGAAAGUUUUACUUUGUUUAUUAGAGUCUGUGGCCUCUGUGUAUCAGACAAAUCUGAAAUCCAGCCUGAGAGAGAAGUUUAAAAGAAUUAAUGAAGGAAUCUCACAGCAUGGAAGCUCAGCACUUCUGAAUGAGAUCUACACAGAGCUCUACAUCACAGAGGGUUGGAGUGGAGACGUCAAUAAUGAACAUGAGGUGAGACAGAUUGAGACAGCGUCCAGGAGACCAGCAACACAGGAGACACCCAUCAAAUGUAAUGAUCUCUUUAAAGACAAGUCCAUCAGAAGAGUGCUGACUAAAGGAGUUGCUGGAAUUGGAAAAACAGUCUCUGUGCAGAAGUUCAUUCUGGACUGGGCUGAAGGAAAAGCAAAUCAGGACGUCACCUUGUUUCCACUUCCCUUUAGAGAGCUGAAUCUGAUGAAGCAGGAACAUCUCAGUCUUAUGGAUCUUCUUCAUCACUUUUUCCUUGAAAUGAGAAAACUACAAUUAAUAGACUCCUACAAAGUGGUGUUGAUCUUUGAUGGUCUGGAUGAGUGUCCACUUCCUCUAAAUUUCCAGAAGAAUGAGAGAUUGUGUGAUGUGAAAGAGUCAGCCUCAGUGGAUGUGCUGCUGACGAACCUCAUCAAGGGGAAUCUGCUUCCCUCUGCUCUCCUCUGGAUAACCUCUCGACCAGGAGCAGCCAAUCAUAUCCCUCCUGAGUGUGUAGACCAGGUCACAGAGGUACGAGGGUUCAGUGAUCCUCAGAAAGAGGAGUACUUCAGGAAGAGGAUCAGUGAUCAGAGCCUGGCCAAUAAAAUCACCUCACACAUGAAGUCUUCAAGAAGCCUCUACAUCAUGUGCCACAUCCCAGUAUUCUGCUGGAUCUCAGCCACUGUUCUAGAGAGAAUGUUGGGUGAAACAGAGAGUGGAGAGAUCCCCAAGACUCUGACUCAAAUGUUCACACACUUCCUGAUCUUUCAGAUCAAACACAAGGACCAAAAGUACCAUCAGAAAUGUGACCCUGAUCCUCAGCAGACCAGAGAGAGUAUCCUGGCACUGGGAAAACUGGCUUUCCAACAGCUGGAGAAAGGAAACCUGAUCUUCUAUGAGGAAGACCUGAGAGAGUGUGGCAUUGAUGUCAGAGAAGUGUCAGUGUACUCAGGAGUGUGUACCCAAAUCUUCAGAGAGGAGUUUGGGCUUCACCUGGGGAAGGUGUUCAGCUUUGUACAUCUGAGUGUUCAGGAGUUUCUGGCUGCUUUAUACACAUUUCUCUCCUUCAUCAGCAGAAAUGUAACAGAACAACAAACCACUGAUCUGUCCGAUCUUUUCACCAAGUCAGACAUGUCUGAUCUCCUCAUGAGUGCAGUGAACAAGGCCUUACAGAGUGAGAAUGGACACCUGGACCUGUUCCUCCGCUUCCUUCUGGGUCUCUCACUGGAGUCCAGUCAGACUCUCUUACGAGGCUUAAUGCCACAGACAGGAAGCAGCUCUCACAGCAAACAGGAAACAGUCGAGUACAUCAAGGAGAAGAUCAGGGAGAAUCCAUCUCCAGAGAAAUCCAUCAAUCUGUUCCACUGUCUGAAUGAACUGAAUGAUCAUUCUCUAGUGCAGGAAGUACAGACUUACCUGAACAUAGGAGGCUACAGUUGUCUCAGUGGAACCAGACUCUCUCCUGCUCAGUGGUCAGCUCUGGUGUUUGUGUUACUGAACUCAGAUCAGGAGCUGGAUGUGUUUGAUUUGACUAAAUAUGACCCAUCAGAGGAAGGUCUUCUGAAGCUGCUGCCAGUGGUCAAAGCCUCCAGAAGAGCUGAGCUGUGGAGAUGUGAUCUGACAGAGGAAAGCUGUAGAGUUCUGUCCUCAGUUCUCAGAUCAGACUCCUCCAGACUGAGAGAACUGAACCUGAGUUACAAUAACCUGCAGGAUUCAGGAGUGAAGCUGCUCUCUGCUGGACUGGAGAAUCCACACUGUACACUGGAGAUACUGACUCUGUGUGAGUGUGAUCUGACAGAGGAAAGCUGUAGAGUUCUGUCCUCAGUUCUCAGAUCAAACUCCUCCAGACUGAGAGAACUGGACCUGAGGGACAAUAACCUGCAGGAUUCAGGAGUGAAGCUGCUCUCUGCUGGACUGGAGAAUCCACACUGUACACUGGAGAUACUGAGAAUCCCUUCUAUUGUGCGCUGGAAGAUCGCUGGACUUGAAGCAACUCCAAAUGGUGGCCUGUUUGUCCAAAGCCCAGGCUGACCCCCCCACCCCUUCAACCUUUGCGGCAGUGCUGGCAGCACUAUUUCCCAAAGACAACCUCUGGAUAUGACGCUGAGCACGUGCACUCAACUUCUUUGGUCGACCAUGGCGAGGCCUGUUCUGAGUGGAACCUGUCCUGUUAAACCACUGUAUGGUCUUGGCCACCGUGCUGCAGCUCGUUGUCAGGGUCUUGUGUCCAAAGCCCGUGGUGGUGGCAGUGCAUGGCGUGUGUGUGGAAGCAGGAGUGGAUCUAAUCACAGUCUGUGAUAUUCGUCUGUGCACACAGGAUGCCUGGUUUCAGGUGAAGUCAAUGAUUGCUGGAGCUCUGGAAAUAGCAGGUGAGAUUGCAGGCCGGAGUCCCGUCGCUGUCCAGGGAACCAAAAUCAACCUCCUCUACUCCUGAGACCACAGUGUGACUGAGAGCCUAGACUACAUGGCUACUUGGAACAUGAACAUGUUGCAGACACAGGAUCCUAUGAAGUCAGCGCAGGCAGCCCUGGAAAAGAAGAGUCCGAAAGACGUGCCCUUCUCCAAGCUUUAAAGGAGAAGAUCCAGGGCUGUUGAAGCUGCGGUGGAACUGAGACUUCAUCAUCCACAUAUCUUUAGUUCUUCUUGUUAAGUCUGAGUUUCUUUUUAGUCUUUUUAUUUUUAGACUGGUCAAAAGACUGAUUAGUGGAAGUGAAAUGAUGGAUGAACUUUUAAUUACUUGCUUUAUUAUUUGCAGGUGCUUUGUACAGUAAGACAGGGUAACUAAUACUCAAAAGCUUGUUUUGUGUGUUAACAUGUACAGUAGAUGUACAUAUUUUUUCUGGUCCUGUGUGACUGUAGAAUGUAGUGCAGUUAACACAGUAAAUUUCCUUGGAUGCUCACUUUUAACUCGAGGAGGUCACAGUUUGCCCAGACAUCUUUUUUUAAAUCCGUCAAUCCGUCACCCACACGUCAUUCUGGGGGACGAAGAGGAGGAAGCUGGACAGAUACAUUUAUUUAUUUAUUUAUUUAUUUAUUUAUUUAUCAUUGCUGUGUUUCCUCAAUCCAGUGCAGAAAGAAGAAAAACACAACUGAUUUAAAAUAAAAAUAUAGAACAUAAUCUAAUGUAAGGUUCUGAUCCGGUUUGCUUUCAGCAGGAAAGCUGUCCUCUUUCCUGUUGCUCUUUCUCUUCUAUUAGUCCAUUUGUCCAGUCUGAAUCGGUUUGAUUCGUUUCAAGACGAUUUGGAGUCGAAUAAUUUUCUAGUGAGAGUCCACACUUCCAAACGAACUAGACUGAGAUGAGUAUUUGAUUCUCACUAGAAAGUGAUUCGACUCUGAAUCAACUCGAAAUGAAUCAGUCAAACUGAUUCAGACUCUAUAAAAGGAUUAUGAGAUGUGAUUAGGAUAUAUAUUCCAAUGUUUUGCUUUACAAUUCCACUGUGUGUGUGUGCGCGCACGUGUGUUUUUCAGGAGAACGAGAAACUCGGACACAAGAGUACAUCCUGACCAUUGGUACUGUGUACACAUCAACAUACACGCAUGUCUUCAUGUUGGACAUCUCAGGAGCUUUCACACACAGUGCUAGGAAUAUCCCGGGACAGAGAAACGCACCUCCUAAGUGAGCGAGUUUAGCGUCAACCGGUGAAAUUUGCUGUAGCGUGAACACUUCGCCUCUGUGAGCUUCACUCUCCGUCAGGUUCACUGUAAUUAGACAUAAAAUGUACAUAAUGUUUAUUUUUCAUACAUUUAGGAUUUAAUGUUUUUCUUUACUCUUUGAGGAACAGAAAUGAUCUUUUGAGGCAGUUUCAUCACUACCUGCUCCGUUUGAUUAAAACAUAACGACCGGUUUCAAAAAGUCACAAUGUCUUCAGUUCAUGUGAUUUUACUGUUGAAUUUAAACAGGAAAUGUGAAAUAUUUUUUCCUUUGUUUCCUCUACUGUCUUUUUGCUGUGAUCUUGAACACAGUUGUAAUUUUAUUAUUAUUUUUUAAAUAAAUAAAUGAUCAUUCUAUUCUUUCUCACUUUCCUUGUCCUAAUUGUCCUGUAUCUGUUAAAUCCGUUUCAUCUGUGGUCUUUCUGUCUGUAUGAACACUUGUAGAAAUGACAUGUAGUCUAUAUUUUUAAAUAUUUUUAUUCAUGAUUUUGAAUUUAAAUAAAGAUAUUCUUUAAUUCUG